AUGGAACUUGUAAACGUCCCAAUUUUUGAAGAUGCCAUCAAACGUUGUGCAUUUUUGUGGGUUAGGGAUAAGAGGGUUGCAUUAGAAAGUUUGUCAUUGUGGGUUGCUUCCACUGGUGUUACCAAACCCGCAUGUCUUACAAAAUAUUACUCGAAAGUGAUAAAAGCCAGAUGUGGCCUACGACAGUCUCCGUACAAUAAAUCCAUCAUUUGGAAUUUUUUUCAAGGAAACGUAUUAGAAAAAUGCGAUGUAGAGGCCAUGCUCAAGGUUCUCUGGACAUUCAACAUUCAUCAAUUUUUGGCUAUCCAUGGUGCUCCUGAAGGAUAA